CACUCCACCAACCCCAGGCUCCAAGAAGAGCAGGUUGCAACCUUCUGUGGAAAGUGCCACCACAGUGCUCACAGUUGAUUCUGCCUUUGUAUCUUCGACCGGAAACAAACUUCAUGAAUGCUGCUCCCACCUCUGCCCCAAUCCCUUCCCACCCUCCAGCCUUGGAGAAACAGCGAAGAAAGAUGAUUCUCUUGAGAGAUGCCAAAGGCCAGUACCUGUUUGACCUUCUUUGCCACCACCUGAACCUACUUGAAAAAGAUUAUUUUGGGAUCCGCUUUGUGGAUCCAGAUAAGCAGCGGCACUGGUUGGAGUUUACAAAGUCUGUGGUGAAGCAAUUGAGAUCCCAGCCCCCAUUCACCAUGUGUUUCCGUGUGAAGUUUUACCCUGCAGACCCUGCUGCCCUGAAAGAAGAAAUCACCAGGUACUUAGUCUUCCUGCAGAUCAAAAGGGAUCUCUACCGUGGCCGCCUCCUCUGUAAGACAUCAGAUGCUGCCUCGUUAGCAGCUUAUAUCCUUCAAGCGGAAAUUGGGGAUUAUGACCCAGGGAAACACCCUGAAGGCUACAGUUCCAAGUUCCAGUUUUUUCCAAAACAUUCAGAGAAGCUGGAAAGGAAAAUUGCUGAGAUUCACAAGACAGAACUCAGUGGUCAAACACCAGCAACAUCAGAGCUGAACUUUUUAAGAAAAGCGCAGACAUUGGAGACAUACGGAGUGGACCCUCACCCAUGUAAGGAUGUGUCAGGAAAUGCUGCAUUUCUGGCUUUCACUCCUUUUGGGUUUGUUGUUCUGCAAGGAAACAAGAGGGUCCAUUUCAUUAAAUGGAAUGAGGUGACCAAGCUGAAAUUUGAAGGAAAGACUUUCUAUUUAUAUGUAAGUCAGAAAGAGGAAAAGAAAAUUAUUCUCACAUAUUUUGCUCCAACUCCAGAAGCCUGCAAGCACCUCUGGAAAUGUGGAAUCGAGAACCAAGCCUUCUACAAGCUGGAGAAGUCAAGCCAAGUCCGCACAGUGUCCAGCAGCAAUUUAUUCUUUAAAGGGAGCCGGUUCCGAUACAGUGGCCGAGUUGCAAAGGAAGUAAUGGAGUCGAGUGCCAAGAUCAAACGGGAGCCACCAGAAAUACACAGAGCAGGGAUGGUUCCCAGCCGCAGCUGUCCCUCCAUAACGCAUGGCCCAAGGCUGAGCAGCGUCCCCAGGACCCGGAGAAGAGCUGUUCACAUCUCCAUCAUGGAAGGCCUCGAGUCCCUACGGGACAGUGCCCAUUCCACACCAGUGCGUUCCUCCUCCCAUGGGGACACCUUCCUGCCUCAUGUGAGAAGCAGCCGGGCAGACAGCAAUGAGCGGGUUGCUGUGAUUGCGGAUGAGGCCUACAGCCCUGCAGACAGCAUGCUACCCACCCCUGUGGCUGAGCACAGCCUGGAGCUGAUGCUGCUCUCCCGGCAGAUCAAUGGGGCCACCUGCAGCAUUGAAGAGGAGAAAGAGUCUGAGGCCAGCACCCCGACUGCUGCAGAGGUGGAGGCCCUUGGGGGAGAGCUGAGGGCCCUGUGUCAGGGCCACGGCAAGCCAGAGGAGGAACAGGUGAAUAAGUUUGUUUUAAGUGUCCUCCGUUUGCUCCUUGUGACCAUGGGACUCCUCUUUGUUUUGCUCCUCCUCCUGAUCAUCCUUACCGAGUCUGACCUUGACAUUGCCUUUUUCCGCGAUAUCCGCCAGACCCCCGAGUUUGAACAAUUCCACUAUCAAUACUUUUGUCCCCUCAGGCGAUGGUUUGCCUGCAAAAUCCGCUCAGUGGUGAGCCUGCUCAUUGACACCUGAGAAGGCAUGACUCCUCCUAAUAACUAGCCAGGUGGACCAAGGAGCCCGGCUACCCAUUCCCAGAAAUGGGACCCAUCGUGGAACCAUCGGCACAUGUACCAAGUCCUCCUCUCAUGACUCAAAGUUCACAGCCUAGGAGGGUCAAUUUCCAGAAGAAAAAGGGAUAGGCUCAUGCCUUGUCUAAACAAACUGGAAAGACUCAUCUCCUUCAGAGGUUCUUUCAAGAAAGGCUCAGCGACUCUGCUUUUCAUCCUCCCAAUUUGCAGGAUAACUUUUGGUUCUGAAUUUUGAUUUUUCAUAGAUGUGUAUUAUUUUGAAAGUAUCAAUAAAAAUAAUUUAUUUUACUAUUACUGAUUAUCACAGUGUCACCUAGCAGAAGGGACACUAGUUGAAGACUAGAGAGCUGUUGUCUUCUGUGCUCUACAGCUUUCCUACUGCGUUACAGUAGACUCAUCACCGCAGCCUCAGUGGGGUAGGCCAGGGGACUGGACAACGGGGACUAUCUAGGUUUCCUUGCCAGACAGAGCUUUUAAAAAAGUAAACAUCCAUGUAGAAUGAUUAAAUGGAAAGUUGCUUAUGAUGGUGUGAGUUGGAUUUUCUUCUUUUGUUUUUUUCAAAUCUGAGCAGAGUGGGCAUCUGAAGGGACCACCACUACAGCAGCAGCAGGGGUGAGUUAAGUCUGUCCCCUUAGACUAGAUCCUAGUGGGUAUCACCACUGAGCUUUAACUAAUGAACUGAGACUUGUGUAAUUUUUUUCCUGAAGAACCUCAAGACUUUUAAAGUGCUCCAGAGAUGUUAGAUGAAUUCAGUGGUGCCAGAGAUAGGACUGUCAGAAAUGUUGGACAAAUUGUAGUUAACAGAAACCAGAACUAGGUACCUGAAAGACUUGAGAUUCGGAGAGCAGUACUUAUUUUGUAUAGCCCCUACCCCCAACAAGACUAUUUUCAAUUUAUAUUUUAACAAAAUUUUAUUUUCUUAUCAAUUCAUAUUUUGGUUUUACUUUAUGGAUUAAGAAUAGAGCCUGAUGAACUAAAUGAUACAAGAAAGAAACUGAUCCUGAGAAUGAAAAGCCUCGAAAAUAGAUUACAAGAUCAAUAAACAGCCAUGGAAGGGACCAAGAAAAGAAUCUCUUUAGGAGUUCUAAGAGAUGCCUACAAAGGAAAGAAGGUGAAUGUGGGAGAGACCAACACUUAGGUGUAGAAACACUGCCCCCUAGGGUCAUCCUCUGCACUAGGAAAAUAAAAGCAGGAAAGUGAUUGCCAUCCUUAAUGCAGCAGCACAUGUGAAGGGUGAGUGUGGGGUCCAAGGUGUGAUGCUCUGCACUCUUUCAAGGUCUUGUUUUCAUCUCAGGAAGAGAUUUCUAAGUCUUCUGGGGGCAUGAGGACUUCUUUAAAGACAGUCAGUAGACAUAUCCCUGAGACCCACAAAAGAGUAGAGCAGCUGUUGACACCCUAUGAUGUUGAACAGCCCCAAGUAUGAGACAGAAUAGGUCACUUGUAGAUUUCCUCUCCCCUAGUCUGUUUUCUGGGACAGCAGAACCAUGCCCACAUGUAGAAAUAACAGCUGUGGAAUAAAUGGGGUUUUUCUAUUUUGGAGGGUUGCAAGGGUGUGUUGCAUAAUUUUUAAUGCCGUUUCAUAUAGAUGGGGGUUCAACAAAACUACUUCUAUAAAGUGCCAGAGAGUAAAUAUUUUUUUAUUUUGGUUUUGUGGGCUAUUCUUUGUGGCAACUAUUCAACUCUGCCAUCAUAGCACAAGAACAGUCAUAGGUAAUACAUAAACAAGGGAACAUGGUUGUGUUCCAAUUAAAGUUUAUUUAUAGAAAUAACUGAAUUUGCCACAGGCCAUAAUUUGCCAACCCCCAUCUAGACAAUGAAACUGCUCUUAACCCAUAUGUUAGCAGAGAGUCGGCUCUACUCUAAUUCCUGACAUGUGUUAAAGAUCCAGGACCAUUUCCCAGUGGAGGCACUGGGGUUGCUUGGUCAAAGGGUGCUUAAACAACCAACCAGCCAAGAGAUGUCUGGUGCCAAGACAAGCAAGAUCAAGUACUAAAACAUGGCCAAAAUCUAAGAAAGGAAGAGGGCCUGUCUGAUCAUUUCCAUACCAGCAACAAUUUAGACAGAAUUACAAACAUCUAUUUACCAAGCGACAAGACAACUGAUGGAGAUCCUAGUAAAGAUUAAUCACUUGGAACCAACUAGCCACUGCCACUUGUCAUCUACACAGGGAAGGCUUUAUUUAGCACAGGACUGAAGUAAAAAGUAGACUCAGAGAUGAAAAGGCUGUCAGGAGAUGGGGGCUGGUUUAUCUACUGGAUAACUACUGUCUUAUGCAACAUAGCAGAUUACCUUUUAGUGUAGUGUUCCUACCUCAGUCUGUAGA